AUGCAACCACUUCCGAUCCCUGAAUGGAAGUGGGAACAUAUCACAAUGGAUUUUGUUCUCAAACUUCCUCAUACUUCGAGAGGGCAUGACGGAAUUUCGUUGAUAGUUGACCGACUCACCAAAUUCGCCCACUUCCUACCUAUUAAAGAAACUUAUUCCUUGGUGAAGCUUGCUAAGCUCUUUAUGGAUGAAAUAGUGAGGUUGCAUGGAGCACCCGUGUCCAUUGUGUCGGACAGAGAUGCAAGAUUCACAUCUUGA